AUGGAUACCUUUACGAAUUUGCUUUAUGCCUGUAGAACAGGUGAUUUGGAAACAGUGGCAAUACUCCUAGACACUCCUAACCUUAAUGUCAAUAAGACCGAUGAAUGGGAUUACUCACCGUUGAUCUUGGCUUCGAUUUGUGGUCACUACGAGGUGGUGGAACUACUCCUUCAAAGGGGAGCAAUUUGUGAUAGAGACUCGUUUGAGGGAGAAAGAUGCAUCUACGGCGCAUUGAACUACAAAAUACGAGACCUAUUGCUCAGUUAUGACUUUUCCAAGAAGGUGGAUAUCAACCAGCCAUUUGCAUCCCAUAUAACAGGGAUAUUCACCAACAACAAGUUCAUUAACAAGGACUUGGUGAUACGAUGUGCAGACAAAACAUAUUUUGUCAACAGAUUCUUGUUGGCAGCAAGGUCACCAAAGAUGAUGUACCAGUUAAAUAAUGAGUGGCACGAUCAGUCAGAGACACAGCUGGAUUACGACUCCAAGCUGUUUGACAUUCUUCUUGACUAUAUUUACUUGAGAACAGACAGAUUGACGUUAGAAAGAAUAAAGGGUGCUGCUGAUAUAGCUCAGUACUUUGAGUUGACCGACCUUGAGGCGGCGGUUAGCAGGGUUGUUGAUACUUGGGACGAGAAGCUGAAAUCAAAAGCCAUUCAUGACAAUUCAUUUAUGCUUAUAGAAAAGUCCCGUGUGGACAUGUCCAAUUUUCUCGAAAAAGUCAUUGAUCUGAGGGUUUCUGUACCGUUAGAAUUUGAUGAAGAUGUGGACUACGAAGACAUAGAGCCGUUGAACUACCUCACUAAUAAUUUGAAAUCUCAGCUCUUUAUUAGUGAUUGCAUCCCUGACAUUAUUCUUCUGAUUGUAGAUAUUAGCCUGGAAUCCAUUGUGUACUAUCCAUGCCAUAAGAGCAUGUUGAUUCGGUCAGAGUACUUUGAAACGAUGUUCAAUUCGGAGAUUUUUGCUGGCCAGAAUAAGGUGCCAAUAAAGGAGUACGAUGGGUUUGAUAUACUAGACAGAACCAUUUUCAAGGCCCUGGAGCUUCCGGUAAUAUCUGUGACAUGUACCGACAGUAGAGUUGCCGAAUUGGUACUUUCCUAUUUGUACCAUGAUAAUGUGGACUACAUUCCAUUAAGUUUGACCGUUGAUUUACUUUAUCUAUCAGAUGAAUUGCUCGUGGAACGAUUAAAGAGUUUGUGUGCCGUAAAUAUCACCUCCAAGUUCAAGGAUUUCUCUUUUGGGGAAAUGACAGAAUUAAAGGAGACAACUGGAUACGACGUGUUUGAGCUUGUUAGAAUUAGUUGGGCUACUCGGUGUGACAAACUUGAACACUUCACAUCUAAAUUGAUUGCAACCAACUUGGAAACAAUAUUCCAUAAUCCAGAGCUAUCGUCCAAAUUACACGAUUUGAUUGAGGAAAGUGCUGGACGUAUUGAACACAGACAGGCCACCGAUACCAUUGAGUUGGUUGAUGAUAUCAGAUAUUACUUGUCCAAAAAAUACGGAGUCAGUACGGCAUUGCUUGAAGAUUUCGUUCCAAUUGGACCUUCUUUCACAGGAGUAUUUGCAGAAGACACCAAGCUAAGAAAAGACUCCCUCCUUAUGUACCUGAGAGAUUUAGAGAUGAUAGACACGAUGUUGGAAACGUUGGACUUGGAUGCAUAG